AUGUUCAAGCCGCCGAUUCCCAUUUUCGUUAUAUUGCUGAUCGUCGGCAAACAAGCGAUCGCAUUCAACAAUUCGUCUGAUAUUGGGCUGCCGUUUGUCGACGACGUCGUGCACAUUCUUCAAAAACUGGGCAAUUAUAAUAGGAAUGCGUAUCCGAAUAUCAAUUCAGAUGAUCCGACGGUCGUCGCGAUUCAGAUGUACAUCGAGGGGUUGUCGUCGUUUCACGCGCAAUCCAUGGACUUCCAAGUCGACAUUUAUUUCCAGCAGAAAUGGGUUGAUCAGCGUCUCCGGCAUAAUAAUACGAAAAGAAUUCUCGUGAAAGAUAAGAAGCUGUUCGGACUCCUUUGGCAUCCGGAUAUUUAUUUUGCGAACGCGCGAACUGCCAAUUUUCAUGGUGUCACUCAGCCGAACUUCCUUGUUUGGAUUUAUCCAAAUGGCACCGUCUGGUAUGAUUGCAGAAUCUCGCUGACCGUAUUGUGUAUGCAAGAUUUGGCAAAUUACCCGCUCGACUCGCAAACAUGCGGCCUUCGCAUUCUUAGCUAUGCGUACGACAGCGAGCAAUUGGUUAUUACCUGGAAUGGAGCGACACCAGUGGAAGUCAACAAACAGAUCCGAAUGCCCGACAUGCAUCUGAAGCACAUCAAAUUCUACACGAGAAGCGAAGAAUAUGCCACCGGAAUUUGGUCGUGCGCGGUCGCUGAGUUCCACGUCAACCGCGAGAUCACCCAUCACAUCAUUCAAUCAUACAUUCCGACAUCACUCAUCGUCAUUAUCAGCUGGUUCAGCUUCUGGCUCGACGUCGAAGCGGUUCCAGGCCGAGUUUCCCUGUCAAUCACAACGCUGCUAACACUCGCCACACAAAGUAGUGCUGCGAGAAUGGCGCUCCCUCAGGCUUCCGAUGUGAAGGCGAUUGACGUUUGGAUGGGUACAUGUAUGGCGUUUGUAUUCUCCGCGAUGAUUGAAUUCACAGUGGUCAACAAUGCGACGAGACGGAAAGUACGAAUGAAGCCUAAACCUAAAGGGUUAUCGGAGCAAGUCCAUGAUCUAGUCAUGCAAUAUAAGGAGAAGAAAAAUGAUUUAUUUUCCAAUGGGAAUAGCAGCUACGAGUUAUCCAUAGAAACCGGCGAAAAUGCGGCAUCACAAGCGAAUUUCGAGAAGAAGGAGCUCCGGGAGCUCAAUCAAGCUCCACUCUUCGUUCGUCGUAGCAUUCUUCCAUCAUCAAAACGAAAAAUAAUCGAGGAGCGAAUCAAUCGAGUCGAGGAGAAUCGCAAACGAGCGCAACUCAUCGAUCGCUACAGUCGGGUGUGGUUCCCGAUCGCGUUCCUCAUAUUCAAUAUCGCGUAUUGGACAUAUUAUUUGAGAUAUGCGGUAGUUAAAAAGCCAGUUGUUCUGUUAUAA